UCCGCUGACGUCAGUGCGUAUGUCUAUAACAGGGCUGCAGCUGUCUGAUAGCAACAAUAACAAGCUCUACCCAACUGCAUACAGCGGUUUUAACGGUACCUGACAGCACAGAAUUGCACGGAAUUUGUUCAAAAUGCUACCGUCGAAAUAACCUUGGUCUCCGUUUGUUCGUCGUGCGAGUCGACAUCCGGGUUAUUGUCGCCGCCGCCGCCGCCAAACGAACACGGAGACUCGGCCGCAGCGGGAGCAGGGCAGUUCGGGGCUGCAUCUGGGUCAGUGGGCCUCUCGGCAGUACUGGUGGUGUAGUUCUCCCUGCGGUGACCCGUCUCCCUGCCAUCUGUUCAAUAACCACCGUGUAACAUGCAGGCUAACGGGGCAGGACAGGACCGAGACUCAGAACAGUACUGCCGAAACAACAGCGAGUCGUCCUCCACCGGAGGAGCUCACUCUAACGGACUCCAGUCAGUCCCCAACAAUGGAAACACUGUCAGCAACAACAACAACAACAACGGAGUGUCAGCUCAGCCUCCGUCCAACAACACGGCGGCUGAGGCCAACUCGGGCGUGAAGAAGAAGAAGCGUUUGUCCCAUUCUGAGGAGGAUGUCAUCCGGCUGAUAGGACAGCAUUUACAGGAUCUCGGUCUCAAUCAGACGGUGGACCUCCUGAUGCAGGAGUCGGGCUGCAGACUGGAGCAUCCCUCUGCCACAAAGUUCCGCAAUCAUGUCAUGGAAGGAGAGUGGGACAAGGCCGAGAGUGAUCUGAAUGAGCUAAAGGCGUUAAUGCAUUCUCCGAGUGCAAUUGUGCGGAUGAAGUUCCUGCUGCUGCAGCAGAAGUAUUUGGAGUAUCUGGAGGAUGGAAAGGUCCUGGAGGCCCUGCAGGUCCUCAGAGCGGAGCUCACCCCUCUGAAGUACAACACUGAGCGUAUCCACAUUCUGAGCGGGUACCUGAUGUGCAGUCAUGCAGAGGACCUGCGAGCCAAAGCAGAGUGGGAAGGCAAAGGCACGGCAUCCCGAACUAAGCUGUUGGACAAGCUGCAGACAUACCUGCCUCCGUUGGUGAUGCUGCCUCCUCGCCGCCUGCAGACUCUGCUGAAACAGGCAGUUGAGCUGCAGAGGGAGCGCUGCCUCUACCACAACACCAAGCUAAACAGUGGACUGGACUCUGUGUCUCUGCUGCUGGACCAUGCCUGCAGCCGGAAGCAGUUCCCCUGCUACACUCAGCAGAUUCUCACUGAACACUGCAACGAAGUCUGGUUUUGCAAGUUCUCCAACAAUGGCACCAAACUGGCAACCGGGUCCAAAGACACCACAGUCAUUGUGUGGCACGUGGAUGUGGAAACCCAGCAGCUGAAGUUGCUGAAGACUCUGGAGGGUCAUGCUUAUGGUGUUUCCUACCUGGCAUGGAGCCCUGAUGAUGCCUACCUGAUAGCCUGCGGUCCUGAUGACUGCUCUGAGCUGUGGCUGUGGAAUGUACAGACGGGGGAGUUACGGACAAAGAUGAGUCAGUCUCAUGAGGAUAGCCUGACCAGCGUCGCCUGGAAUCCAGAUGGUAAACGCUUUGUCACUGGUGGACAGAGAGGCCAGUUCUACCAGUGUGACAUGGAUGGAAACCUGCUAGACUCAUGGGAAGGAGUUCGGGUGCAGUGCCUGUGGUGUCUGAAUGACGGCCGGACCGUCCUUGCAUCCGACACCCACCAACGCAUUCGCGGAUACAACUUUGAGGACCUCACUGACAGAAACAUAGUUCAGGAGGACCACCCCAUCAUGUCUUUCACUGUUUCCAAAAAUGGAAGGUUAGCUCUGCUCAAUGUUGCAACUCAGGGAGUGCACCUGUGGGACCUGCAGGACCGGGUGCUGGUGAGGAAGUACCAAGGGGUGACCCAGGGCUUCUACACCAUCCACUCUUGCUUCGGAGGGCACAAUGAAGACUUCAUUGCUAGUGGCAGUGAAGACCACAAAGUUUACAUCUGGCACCGGCGCAGUGAGCUGCCCAUCGCGGAGCUGACUGGCCAUACUCGCACAGUCAACUGUGUGAGCUGGAACCCCAUCCUACCGGGACUGCUGGCCAGCGCCUCCGACGACGGGACCGUCCGUAUCUGGGGACCUGCCCCCUUCCUGGAUGUCCAGGAUGCAGAAGGGCUCAAUGGUAUGAACAUGAAAACUAGUAUGUCUACUCAAAAGGGAACAAGUUGAAUUAUCUGUCAGCCAUUGCCUUCAUCAGGCUCCUCAACAGUUUGCAUAAGUAGGACUAGAAUCCACAGUUUCUUCCUAUAUUUUGUUUUACAUUAACAUCAGCAGUCCUCCUCAACACAAUGACAUUUCACACUCUGAAUGUUGAUGAAAUAAAUUAAUGUGUAAUCUUGAUUUGAAAUUUAGUAAGAUUAACUCUUUAUGGCUUAGGUGAAGUCUUUGAAUCCUAAACAAACAAACAAAACAUUCUGAAUAAAAAUAAUAUGAAAAAAGCUUUAAAUUCAGAAACAGAGCGGGCCUGCCUGAUCACCAAAGUCAAGGGGUCCUGACUCCAAACACCUGGUCUCCUCUGGCUUUUAGCCUCGACGUAGGACCUACUAACAGACCCCCACCGGAGGAUCUAAAUCUGUUAUGGGGAUAGCAGGUCACAGUCGUCGGUAGUGAUCAUUUCAUCCUCAAAUCUCAAAAUCUAAUUUAAAAUGUAAAGGUAACCAAUGUAGGGAUGCUUCUGUGCAGUCUUUUGAUGGAUCUUGUGAGCAUCUUGCUGUAGCAUUCUGGACCAGUUGAAGCCUGAACACGUUGCAUUGACUCACACAUGAAUAUAAAGAGUCACAAUACUUUAACUGGGAUGUAAUAAGAGCAUGGAUGAGAGUUUCCAUGUUCUUCUUUGCAGAUUAAAAGGUUUAAAAGGUUUAAAAGGUUUAAGAAUGUUACAGAGUUGUCUCGAUUUUACGAGAACUUAAGGCUACAUGCACACUACCUUUUUGUUAUAAAACAGCGUUUUAAAACAAUCUCCGUCCAGACGAGUAUUUUAGCGAGGUUUUAGAAAUAUUCUCCGUCCAUACACCAUGCCUAAAAUCACAUGACCGUGGCUGUUAACGCCACUGCACAAGGAAAUUGUCGCAAAGUGUUUAAUAAUAGCCUGUGCAUGUAGGCAGUAGUAGCAUUUGACAACAGAUGCUAGCAGCACAGCAUGUUCAGCAACACAUGUAAUUUGUUAUCCAUAUUGAAAUUAACCACUGAAUUUAGGUUUAUUAGAUUAGAUUUGAUUUAAAGUCAAGUGGUCAACUGUAUUAACAGCAAUUAAACAAAUGUUUGGCCACAGUCACUCUGACUCGACCUAAAGCCCAACUCAAAUUGACCAAAGAGUAUGUUGCUGUUCAUUUAGCCAAGAAGGAAUGUUUAGAUAUUAGGCAGAAGUUAUUUGUUAAUAUGUCAAAAAAGAUGGCUCUUGAGAAGUGGUUGAACUAUGGCCAGAAGUUGUGUGCAUGAUUGAUUAUGCCUGGACUAAAUGGACAGGUUGACUGAAAUAUCCCUUGAGUUGAAAGAAUAUCCAGGAAUAUCAUUUGUAAUGAUAUAUUGGUUAGCUGCUUAGCAGUGACGUAUUUAAAUGCUUCCACCAGGGUGCAGGAUGUGCUAUAGCAAAAGUCAGGUGGAGUAAUUCAGGUCCGAACAAACCUUAUUAGAAAUAAAUGCAAAAAGGUCCUUGCAUUUAGUGAUAUGUUGAGGAGGGUUUGUGCUGUGGCUAAUAAUGUUUACUUCUCACUUCAGAUCUGAAAAAUACUUUCUUGUCAUGAAUUUCUUCAGCCUUUCAAGGUUAGUGAAACGUUUUGAAGCCCUCCAUUUGCGUUGUGCUUGUGACACGUUUUCUUUAAUGAAUGGAUUUCAUUGUAAAGCAAACGCUAAGAUAACAAUUUAAAACAUACAGUAGAGUAACAGUAUGCCAUUUAAAACUUACAGCAUACUACAGUCUCUCUGAGAAGGCUAACCACACUUUGCCCAACUGGCCUGUUCUAAGCAGCUCAGUGCACACAUUGUAUUUUCAUCAAUGUUUAUGAUGAUGGCACAACUACAGUAGCCUCUCUAAAAUAACACAAACUGUAUAGUCCAGUAAUAUGUCACUUGACCUCAUAGAAAUUGCAAGAACAACUGUUUUACUUCUAUUGUAUUGUGCAUAUACAAAAGUGUGACUUCACAGUACAAGGGUAACAAAGAUCUUGGUAGAACUAGACCAGAUCGGUACAAUAGGACCACAUCGGGGUGGAAUAGGACCUGAUCUGGAUAGAAUAUGACCUAAUCUGAGUAUAAUAGAACUAUGUCUGAGUGGAAUAGGACCAGGUCUGGGUAGAAUAAGACACAGGCUUGGUAGUAUAAGACUAGAUCCUAGUAGAAUAUAGGACCAGGUCUGGGUGGAUAGGACAAGGCCAAUUAUGUAAUCAUAAUUAGUUCUCAUCACUGAUGUACUGUAUUUUGUUUUUGGAGGAAAAAAAACAGGAUGGACAAAUCUAACAUUCACCGCAAUGUAGAUUCACUGAAAUGUGACUAAAAAGGUGUUCUUGGUAUGAUCGUACUUGGCCAAUUUUAUUCCCUUUUAUACAAUUCCUUAGGGCUUGUAUCUCUCUCAUACAGACAACAUGUAUUGAGUUUGUUGUGUGUGUUGAUCCACAUUUUGGGGUAAAAUGUCUGGACUUUUCCAGAAUAAAGAAUAAUGAGUGAUUUUUAACAGCAUACAGCUAGUUGUUUUGAAAAUUUUGUCCAGACAUUUUAUUUCAAUGAGGGUAGACUGAAUAUGAGGAGCAGGAAACAAGAGUCCUGGAUGACUUUCACACCAUGUGACUGGUAGCAAAAACACACUAGUUGUCAACCAACAUAUCUUUUAGUGUUUGUGCUGUUGGUUUCUCACAUAUAAUGAAGGAAAUAAAAUCGUAAUAAGAAUAAAUGGUUAAGUUAAGAAUGCUAUGACCUCUGUCUUUUUUCUGUGCUGUCAGAAUGUUGCAGCUAAUGAUUCGGAGGAGCGCUAAGACUCUUAGACACUUGAAUGGAUAAAGCAGAAACAGCUUUGGUCACUGGACAGCAGCUUCCUGGAGACGGGGCCAGUGGUGCUGCAUGUCAGGAUGUCACAACACAGAGAUGUCAACCCAGUCACAUUAUUGAGAGCAGAGCUGACCGGAUGAAGCUGGGCUCCACGACCUCCAGUAUCUGACCCACCUCCUCCUCCUGUUCCCUCAGUACCAUCUAGGACCACCCACAUCCUCUUAUUUAUUAUCAACAACAUUGUGUAUUCAUGAGUAGUUCACUGACUUGUACUAUUCUGUGACGUCGCAGCGCCUUCUUGUGGAGGUUGUGUGUUGUUAUUUUUAUUCAGUCCUGAAGAAGCUUCAACUUAUGUCCUCUUUCACCUCCUGAACCUUUCUAAGAUAUGUGAACUAUAGAGCCACUUGAUGGGUGCACCCAAUUGAAGAGUAUCUUUAAAUUUAAAAAAAAGUAUAUGUUAUCUUUAAUGCAGAGUACAUUUUAAUUUCAGUUAUUUUCCUUCAGCUUUGCUGCUUCUAAGUAGAGAAGGAAUAGUAUAUGAUGAGCAUGCUGCACAGGAUGUUUCACACUUGCAGUAUGUCCUGAUAUAGAAUACAUUGAUGCCUUCUGAGAGUAUACAGCUGAUGUGUGAAAACCUAUAGAGUUCAAAUGAUUAUCUGUUCAAUCCGUACCUCUGCAUAUGGAUUAUCUGUGUAAUUUUCUUUAAGCCAUUGGCGUGGAUUUGCUCUUUAUGUUGCUGUGACAUCUUCACUAUUUUUCCAUUGCAGCCUGUUGCCAUCUUUCAUUUUCAUAUGAAUUUCACUUGGUUUGGUUUAGUUGUUACAUGUUUUAAGUCUAACUUAUUACUGUUUUUAACUUAUUAGUUUUGUAUGUACUUCAAGUGGAAAGAGACACAACCAGUAGAGCCCCCAAAAUCCUGUCUCAACUGUGAGCUUUGGCUGGUGUUAUUGCCAUGUUUUCAUAUUGUCAACAAAUCCAAUGAAAAGACCAGAACCAACAAUGUGUCUGUUUGUCAGAACUUUCUGAUGUCUCUAUCCUGUCUGUGACACUCAGCUGCAAGCCCAUUUGUUACUACUGAAGAUGUACAUCUUUCAGCCUUUUUUUAAAACUUAUCUUUAGUCUUUUCCUAAAGCAGCUGGUGACUGUGGUUUGUAACAAACAUUACUCAGACAGGAAGAAACUGCGUUUGUUGGCUAUUUAUCAAAAUGUGGUGCUCUAGUGAGUAUUUGUGCAGCAGGACGGUGUGUGGGAAGUAUAACUUCAGAGUGUGUGUUCAUGGUGAUGAAGGAACAUGUCAGCCAGUGCAACAGUGUAACUUGUGUGUUUGUGGACAACAAUGGAGUUUUAUGGCACCGAGGAAAAAGAUCUAUCAGCCGGUGAUGCACACAAUACUUGUUAGUACUGUACUUUUAUUUUUUACAGGAGAAGGUCUAUGCAUGAGAUUUGUUCAUGAUAUAAAUAAAGAAAUAUAUAAUUGCCAGCCAUAACUGUAAGUGCAGGACAUUAGUGAGCUGACAGUAACACAGUGUAUGUAACAAUCAAUGUGUAACACAUUUGUACACACGUGUAACAUAUGAAUAUGAACUUCUACACAGUUUUCCCUUCAGAGAGUCAAAAGAACGAUCUUGCCUAAUAUAAUAUUCUGUGUAAUAUGUGCUGUAUAUUUGUAUGUAAUGGCAUGUAUUAUGAGGCUGUGUAGAAAUGGCAAACAGGAUGAUGUGUUUUUCAGGGUUCCCAUGCUAGUUUUUUACUGUCAGAUUCCAAAAGGUUGCAGAUGCUCUUUCAGAGCUUCAUACCAAAUGGUCUUCACUGCACAACUGUCAUAUACUCUUGUAAUAUAAAGCAGCAAGUUUACAUUUACACCUGCGUACACAGACAAAUCGUUUUGAGAUUCACAAACAACAGUGGAGCUGAACUUACAUUUUAGUUUCCAAACCGCUUCCAGAGAUAACCAAAUUCUAAAACCUUUCCAGGCCUGGACGAUAACUGCAGGACGUUCAGGACUGUGGGAACCCUGUUUGUCUGCUCAGACGCCAUCACCACUUCCACCACACAACAGCUAGUGGUGCACAAUAAUGGAUUUCACACACACUUAAUUCUAUCACAGCUGUGGUGUUCUAGUUUCUGCUUUUGCAGCUUCCUUUGUUUAUUCCAAGUAUUUCAGGCUUGUCUUCUUUUCUCUUCUCGUAAGAAGCCAAAGUAGAAACUGUGUUUGCUUGCAGGCAGUUUCUGCCAGAAACCAUUUGACAUUUUAAAUGUGUUAUUACAAAACGUGAUUGUACUGUUGUGUAUUGUCUGUCAGAGAAGUGUUAUGUAAGCAUAUUUUAAAUAAAGCAUUCAGGGUUUUAAAAUGUAA